GGAUGAGGGAUAAGUAACAGCAAAGACAGGGGCCCUAAUGCCAGCUCCAUUACCUGCCCUUGUCUUCUUUCUCUACUCCCCUCCCCCAGCAGUCCCUCUAAUGACAGUGUGCCAAAGGAGCUGGGGGAGAAGGGGCAUACCCAGAUUGCCCCCUAACCACAUAAAUUCACCUCACUUUUCUAUUUUCUUAGCUCUUAAGUUCCCAGGAUUGGGUUCUGCAUCCCCAAAAUCUGUCUCUGAAUCUCCGGGACCUAGCAUACACUUUGCACAGGACAGGCAUUGGCGUAUAUUUAAAAAGAACAUCCCUGAGGAGACAAUAGUCACACUGUCACUCUCUAGCCCAUAGUUUGCAAAGCCUUUCCCAGGAAGGAUCUCAUCACGCCUCCUGGAAUGUCCCCAGUGUUAGGCGGGGCCGAAGUCACUAUCCCCACUCUACAAAUGAGAAAAAGCGCGGCACAUAGUUGCCAGUUUCUUGCUGUGAGCCACUACCCGCGCAGCGGUCAAGUAGCAGCCGAGUCCCACAGGCCUCGCUUCCAAAGGUCUUCCCCCUUUGCACCGCUGUAUCUCCGACGGCCCCUCGCGCGAAGCCUGCCGGGAGUUGUAGUCCAAUGUCUUGCGGCUCCUAUGGGUUGGACUACAGUGACCAGCAUGCCCUGCGUUUCUUGCCCCCUUCCCUUUCAGCCUCCAUCGUUCGGGAGGCUCUGCAGACCAGCUGAUUGGGAACCGAUAUGGCAGCGACUCUGGGCAGCGGGGAGCGCUGGACAGAAGCUUACAUUGAUGCGAUUAGAAGAAACAAGUACCCAGAAGACAGACCUCCUGAAAGUCAUCAUCCUUGUGGUUGCUGUAACUGCAUGAAGGCACAAAAGGAAAAGAAGUCUGAGAAUGAGUGGAAUCAGACCCGGCAGGGUGAGGGGAGCACCACUUAUACUGAGGAGCAGCUGCUUGGAGUACAAAGGAUCAAGAAAUGCAGAAAUUACUAUGAAAUUCUGGGAGUUUCGCGAAAUGCCAGUGAUGAGGAGCUUAAGAAAGCUUACCGAAAACUUGCCCUGAAAUUUCACCCCGACAAGAACUGUGCUCCUGGAGCAACAGAUGCCUUCAAAGCAAUAGGAAAUGCCUUUGCAGUCCUGAGCAAUCCUGAUAAGAGACUCCGCUAUGAUGAAUAUGGAGAUGAACAGGUGACUUUCACUGCCCCUCGAGCCAGACCUCAUAGUUAUUACAGAGACUUCGAAGCUGACAUCACUCCAGAAGAGCUAUUCAACGUCUUCUUUGGAGGACAUUUUCCUACAGGAAAUAUUCAUAUGUUUUCAAACGUGACAGAUGACACCCACUAUUACCACCGGCGGCACCGACAUGAGAGGAUGCAGACACAGAAGGAAGAGGAGGAAGAUAAACCUCAGACUACGUAUUCUGCAUUCAUUCAGUUACUUCCAGUUCUGGUGAUUGUGAUUAUAUCUGUCAUUACUCAGCUGCUAGCUGCUAAUCCCCCAUAUAGUUUAUUCUAUAAAUCGACCUUGGGCUAUACCAUUUCUAGAGAAACCCAGAACCUGCAGGUGCCUUACUUUGUGGAUAAAAACUUUGACAAGGCCUACAGGGGAGCAUCUCUGCGUGACCUGGAGAAGACGAUAGAGAAGGAUUACAUUGAUUACAUCCAGACGAGUUGUUGGAAGGAGAAACAACAAAAGUCGGAGUUGACAAAUUUGGCAGGAUUAUACAGAGAUGAACGAUUGAGACAGAAAGCAGAGUCGCUGAAACUUGAAAACUGUGAAAAACUUUCCAAACUUAUUGGCCUGCGCAGAGGUGGCUGAGAGGAUGAUAGUCCGGCGCAGGGUUGGGGUUUUGCUACUUGUUACUAUUUAUGUUCCUAAUUCCAUUUUAUAAUACAAAAUUAGGAAAUUAUUAACAUUUUA